AUGUCAGAUUCGAAAUCUGAAGCUAAUUCGACACCCUCGCAAAAACCAAUACCUAAAAUCAAAGAUAUUUCAUUAAUGAAAGCUUGGAAAGAGUCCAAGGCUUAUCGAGAAUAUACAUUAUUUGUUCAAUCAUUGAAUCGUGCAGUUCAUGGUCGAAAAAAUUCGGAUUCGGUACCAAUUUCAUCUACUCUUGACAAACUGAUGAAUUUACUCAAUCAACUUGAUUCGUUCAUUGAUCAAUGUCCACCGAAAGGUCGAUCGCGUUUUGGCGAUGCGGCUUAUCGUGAUUGGCAUGCGAAACUUGAACAGGAAAGUGAACGAUUGUUGAAAGAAGCAUUACUCGAACAAUAUCAUCAGUAUAUAGAAGAAUUAAAUGGAUAUUUGUGUGAUUCGUUUGGAAAUAGUACUCGAUUAGAUUAUGGAACAGGUCACGAAUUGGCUUUUGCAUUAUUUAUUCUAUGUUUAUGUAAAAUUGAAGCACUUACAGAACAAGAUAGUCAAGCUAUUGUAUUGAAAUUAUUUGCACGUUAUUUGGAUUUAUGUCGACGAUUACAACGAACAUAUUAUCUCGAACCAGCUGGAUCAAAAGGUCAAUGGUGUUUAGAUGAUUAUCAAUUUUUACCAUUCCUUUGGGGUUCAUCACAAUUAACAGAUGAUGGUCCAAUUGAACCAAAACAAGCAAUUGAUGAACGAUUCUAUCGUGAUUUGUCCAAUGAUUAUUUAUAUUUAGGCGCAAUUAAAUAUAUCAAUGAAGUUAAAACAGGUCCUUUUUUCGAACAUUCAAGUACACUCUAUGAUAUAUCGAAUGUUGCACAUUGGUCGAAAGUCAAUCAAGGAAUGCUGAAAAUGUAUUAUGGAGAAGUUUUAGAUAAAUUUCCAAUUGCUCAACAUAUUCUUUUCGGAAAUUUAAUCUCAUUUGAUCCAACACCGAAACCAACUGGAGAAGGUCUCUUUAAAAAACCAGCACCUGUUGUUAGUCAAUAA